AUGAAGUUUUAUUGUGGUCCGGAGCGUACGGAAAACGGCGAGAUAUGGUUUGCUAAAUAUGAAAUUGUUCCAAAAAAAAGUGGUAAUCCAUUUGAAAUACAGGUUGAUCAUUCAAAAUCGAAGAUUGAUAAUUUAGCAGUAGGACUAGUAUAUAUUUUUCAUCAAAGACAGUACAAUCAUCCUUAUAACUUAACUGUCGAACAUAAGACCCUUGAAAAACAACGAUUAGGCACAACAAAAUCGAGUUAUUGGAUUGAUAUUCCGCUUCGAAAUAAAAGCGAUGGAAUUGAGAAAUUUCCAUUUACUAUGUAUCUAGAGCACACACCACUACCUGAAAUGUCUUAUGGCAAAUUAGCAUGGUUUCCAACAAUGAUAGAUGAAGAUUCAGAAUGCACAAUUCAAAAAGAAAAAAAUCAAAGAAUACAGGGCAAGUAUUAUGCUAUGCAAACUUUGAGACCCAAAAGAAUGAAAUUCGCCUCUAAUACAAAACAUAAGAUCAUAGAAAAGAGAGUGCCACAC